AUGAUCGUUCUCACAGCCACACCGGAGAUAGCGCUGGCAGAUGAACCGGUGCAGAUCCGUGCAUGGGGUUUGCCACCACAGCAGCUCAUUACUCUAAAAGCCUGGCUGAAGGAUGAGAAAGGAAAGAUAUUCCGUUCCCAGGCUUUUUACAAAACCGAUACGGAGGGGAAAGUGGAUCUAGAUCGUACUCCUGCCAUCGGUGGAGAUUUUCAAGGUGUUUGUCCCAUGGGGCUUUUCUGGGCUCUGAAACCAGUCACCCCCUUCCUAAGGCUGAUGAAACGAGAUGUCAUAGGAAGUCCAUUUCACGUCCACCUAGAGCUCUAUCCCAACAUGGUCUUUUUCUCAGAUUCUGAAGACCCUCCUGCUGUCAAAACAGUUCUCGAGCGGUGGUAUGUGACUCCUGGGGUGCAAAGAAUUCAGAUCAGAGAAGGAAGGGUCAGGGGGGCUCUCUUCCUUCCCCCAGGUGAGGGUCCCUUCCCAGGAGUCAUUGACAUGUUUGGGGGUGUCGGAGGAUUGGUUGAGUUUCGAAGCGGUCUCCUUGCCAGUCGUGGAUUUGCGUCCCUCGCUUUGGCUUACUUUGCUUAUGACGACCUUCCAAAAUUCCUGGAAUCAAUAGAUUUAACAUACUUCGAAGAAGCUGCUCAAAUCCUUCUGAAGCACCCAAAAGUGUUGAGUGACGGAGUUGGGGUUGUAGCUGUGUGUAAAGGAGCAGAAAUCGCACUGGCUAUGGCUUCCUAUCUGCCCCAAGUGAAGGCCACCAUCUGCAUCAACGGAACCAACGCUAUAAACGGGACCGUUCUGACCUAUAAAGAUCUGUGCGUCGAAGGAAUUCCAUAUGAGGUAGAAAAAGUUCUGGUGACAGACAUCGGAGCCAUGGACAUAAGAAACAUGAUGGCCGAUAUGAGGUCACCAGAAUACCAAGACUCGAUACUGCCUCUGGAGAAAGCUAAAGGUCCCAUCCUUUUCCUGGUAGGAGAAAAAGACCAUAAUUAUGACAGCUUGAAAUUUGCCAAGGAAGCAUUAGCCAGGGCAAAUAAAUUCGGCAAGAGUAAUGUAUACGUGCGUUCGUUCCCUGGAGCGGGGCAUCUGCUGGAGCCGCCGGGAGCACCGUUUUGUAUGGUGUCCCAAUUUCCUUUCUUCCCCCUUCCGCUGAUGUGGGGAGGAGAGCUCCUGGCGCAUUGUAGGGCACAAGAAACAUGCUGGAGAGAGACGCAGGACUUUCUCCGCACGAAUAUAACGAGGCCCAGGCAAAGUAAGCUCUGAAAGAAGACGGCGAGACAAGGCUACGUUCAGCAGUCAACGGGAAUGGCUUCUUUGAAGCAAAUCCCUUGUUUCUGGGGAAAUAAAAGCUCUUUUAUUUAGCACGGGAGACACUUCUUCCUUUAGGCAACGUUAUAUUAUUGUGAACAAAAUAAAUGAUUCAUAUUGUGCCCCAGAUUAUACAAAUGAUGCAAUAAACCCAAGUGUGGAACACUUUGGAUAUUACCCAUUGUACAGCACUACGGAAUUUGCUGGCGCUAUAUAAAACAAUAAAUAAUAAUAAUAAUGGUUCUCUUAUUUUCCAA